GACCCCAAGGCCCUGCCCGACUGAGAAUAAUAAACCAUCAAUCAGCAAUCAUGGGCAAAGACAGUAAGUCAAAUGUGAAGAGAACAAGAUCAACUACAAUGAUUGAAAUUGUGAAACCACCAGCAGACAUGAGGGCUUAUCGGGUUGUCAUCCUUCCAAAUGGCAUAACUGCCAUGCUGAUCUCAGAGGCCCUGUAUUAUCCUGUUGAGGAUUCCAAGCCUGACAUGGACGUUGAAGAUAUGGAAGUAGAAGAGUUCGAAAAAGAAGAGUAUGUAGAAGGAGAGGCAGCUGCAGCAUUAUGUGUGGGAGCAGGAAGUUUCUCUGACUUGCCAGAAAUCCCAGGCUUUGCACAUUUUAUGGAACACAUGGUUUUUAUGGGAAGCAAGAAGUUUCCCAAGGAAAACUAUUGGGACGAAUUCUUGGCCAAAAACAGAGGAGAGUCCAAUGCAUGGACUGACUGUGAAAGGACGUGUUUCUUCUUUGUGUCCCAGCAGAGUGAGUUUGUAAAGGCUUUGGAUAUAUUUGCUCAGUUUUUUAUAGGACCGCUCUUCAACAAAAACUCUGUGGACAGAGAAAUCAUGGCAGUUGACAAUGAAUGCCAGAUGGUUGCAAGUAAUGACAACGAGAGGGUCAGAAGUGUCAUGUCACAUGAGCUGGUGGAACAAGGCCAUCCUAUGAAGAAGUUCAUGGCAGGCAACAAAAAGUCCCUCAAGGAUGAUCCUGAACAAAAACACAUCAAUGUUUAUGAGCAGCUUCAUGCUUUCUACCGCCGCAUGUACUCCGCACAUUACAUGACGCUCGUUAUUCAUUCAAUGGAUACUUUGGAUGUGAUCGAGAAGCAGAUUAUAAGAAUAUUUUCCAAAAUUCCUAACAAUGCAAUUCCAAGGCCAAAGUUUAUCAAGCCACCCUUUCAAGAAAGAAGCUUCAAUAAACUGCUGAAAGUGAUUCCAAUGGAAGAUGUACACAAAAUGGAACUGAUCUGGGCUCUCCCUCCCCUUAUGGAUCAUUACAGGGCUCGAGUGAUUGAGUUUUUGUCUUUGCUGCUGGGCCAUGAGGGGAAAGGAAGUAUUUUGUCAGUCUUGAGGAAAAGGCACUUGGCGCUAGAGAUGUCUGGAGGCAAUGAUAUGACAGGUUACACACACAACUCCACCUGGUCAGCUUUCAUACUGUCCAUCAAACUGACCGACGUGGGCAUGAAGCAGUAUGAGGAGGUUCUGGGGGUGAUCUUCCAGUACAUCUUACUUCUGAAGAAAGACUUGCCCGCACAUGUGUUUGAGGAGCAGAAGCAUAUUGAGGAGACCAAGUAUAUCUUCAAAGAACAGGAUUCCAUCUAUUCCUAUGUGGAGGAGCUAGCAGAGAACAUGCAUAUGUAUCCUCCGGAGCACUAUCUGUGUGGCAGGACACUCUACUUUGAGUAUAAUGAGCAGCUCAUCAGAGAGUGCCUCGAUUUCCUGAAGCCCCAAGGAAUGCUGAUCAUGCUGUACAAUAAAGUCUUCAUUAACCUCCCAGGCCUGAGAGAAGAACCAUGGCUUGGUACCAAAUAUGCCAUUUCAGAUGUUGACAAUGCACUCAUAAAAAGACUGAAUAAUGUGUCUUUGAAUCCUGAUCUCGCUGCUCCGGAGCCUAACCCUUACAUUGCGACAAACUUCAACCUGGUGAAGACGAGAAAGUCUACAAAGUGCCCCGUGGUGGUGAUGUCAGAGGGAGGUUGUCGCAUCUGGUACAAAAAGGAUACGGUUUUCCACACCCCCAAUGCUUACAUCUACUUCAAUUUCAUCAGUUCUGCAAUAUCGAAGAAUACCAAAAAUGUGGCUUUGGCUGACAUCGUUCUUACUUGUCUGCUACACAAACUGACAGAGACUCUCUACAACGCGACUCUGGCUGGUUACGAGUACUCGGUGGAGGGAACGCCCGAGGGAGUUGUGUUCUUCAUCGGAGGCUACAGUGAGAAAAUAAAGGUUGUCACAGAGGACACCCUGUCGUGUUUCAAAGAUCUGGUCAUUGACGAGGGCUUGUUCCAUUCUGUGGUGACACACCUGAAGCAAGUCUAUAUCAAUGAACUCAUCAAACCUGUUGAGCUGGCCAGGGCUGUGAGGUAUUCUGUUCUGGAGAUGAUGGAUCCCUCCCUGAUAGAGCGCUAUGAACAAGUGGGCUCCAUCACAUUUCCCAUGAUUGGACCGUUCCUGGAAGAGUUCUAUUGCACCAUGUUUAUAGAGGGUUACGUGACAGGGAACCUCAAGCCUCAGGAUGCUGUUGAUAUUGGAAAAAGCGCAUUGAAAGUGAUAAAGAAACCUCUUCCAGAGAGUGAAAUACCAAAGCCUGUGGUGCUGGAGCUCCCUGUGGGGGAGAACAAAUGCUUCAUGCCUGCCGUCAACAAAGAAGACACGAACUCGUGCGUGGUCCAGUAUUUCCAACAAGGGCCGGGCUCCAUCCGCAACUACUGCUUGAAUGAAGUCUUAGGGGCUGCCAUGAAUGAACCCCUGUUCAACUCGCUCCGCACGGAGAAGCAGCUGGGCUACAGCGUCUACUGCAACCCCACCACUACCCACGGCGUGCUGGGCUUUUCUGUCGUAGUGGAGAGUCAAGCCAAUAGGUUUAGUAUGAAACAAGUGAAUGAAAUCAUCACCAAGUUCCUGCUUGAGUUUUGUCGGUCACUGGAAGAGAUGUCUGCAGAGAAAGUCAAGGAUUUAAUUGAGAGUCAGGCUGUUCUCCGGAGCUCAGAAGAUGGCGACUUGUUUGACGAAUCGUCUCGCUUCUGGCAGGAAAUCCUCAAGCAAAGCUACCUUUUUAACAGGAUGAAACUGGAGUUUGCUGCUCUUGAAAGCAUAACUCAGGGAGAUCUGAUAGACUGGUGCAAAAACACGUUGAUUGCUGAUGAGCGGAGACAGCUCUCGCUCAUGGUGGAGGGCUGCUCCAAAGACAAGUGUCAGUUUGCCACUGGGGAGUCCUCCCUCUCCACCAUCUCCAGUCUGAUCAAGGGUCUGAAGACCUGCAUGCCCAUGGGACGACCCGGCCGGCCAGACCCCGCCUGUGAGGGGGAGUGUGUGGCGAAGCCUCAGGACCACGGCUCUAACUACAUCACAAACCUGUGCCAGUUCAAGAGCCAGCUGAAGGCCUUGCCUCAGCACGUUAUUAAAAGUUGAGUUUUGAUUAACUGAUGACGUUCUAGGGUUAAACCAUUGUGGAGUAAGACUUAUUUUUGCUCCUACAUCUCACAUGAUCAGUUGAGAUAAGACUUGAAUAAAUGAAAAUGGAACUCAAAUGUUGCCCAAAAAGAAUUGUUGAUUUUUGCUAAAGGGAGAGCUAAAAGCCAUGGCUCAUCAUCACGAGUUGAUUUUUAUUCAACAUUUCAGUGGUUCUCAAUGGUAAAGAUAUGUCACAACAAUACAUAUCCUGCGACAAGUCAAAACUUAAUUCCCGGAAAGUAAAAUUCUACUAUUGCCCUAUGAAAUCAGGCCUGGUUCAAGAGCCAACUCAAAGUUUUAUCUCUGUAGGUCACCUGGAGUAGGGUUUAUUUAUUCCUACUGCUUGAUGUAAGACUGUUAUGCAUCACUUUAUAAAAUAGGGUGUUUUGUAGUCUUACGCUAAGCUUUUAAAUAUGUAUGACCUGGAUCGAUAACAACAUAACAACAAAUAUGUAUGACCAUUUCUGUGCGUUUUAUUAUCAGUCAUGGUAAAACAUUCAUUAAAAGCACAACUCUAAAUCGGACCUUAUUGGCAAAAAGCUGGCUCUUUUUCUAUGUGUGUAUGCCUAAAGAAAGGUACCAUAAGUCGGAUUUUAACCGUUUUAAGUUGAAGGUUGUACCUACUAGAACAUUCAAUGCUGAAUACAGUGAUUUUUGAAUUUUUGAGAUAUCUCAAGUAGUUUUAGAGAUACUGCACUGUUUGCGAGGUAGGGUAUAAAGAUCGU